AUGGUGUUGGCUGACAGAGGGGUUGUCUGCAUCGACGAGUUUGAUAAGUAUGGAGCAGGACGUGUUACCAUUGCAAAAGCUGGAAUUCAUGCAAAACUGAAUGCCCGGUGCUCUGUUCUGGCUGCAGCGAAUCCUGUAGCGACCCUCGCUUCAAACUCCCAUGGAAACAUCAACAUGCAAGAUUCACUUCUAUCUCGCUUCGACUUGAUCUUUGUACUGCUCGAUGAGCACGAUCCUGACCGCGACAAGACUGUGGCCAGCCAUGUCUUGAAACUUCACUGUUAUCGCGCUCCUGGAGAAGAAGAUGGUACAGUGCUGCCUAUGGGAGUAGGUGUUGAAACAAUGAGUACAUUCGAUAUUCAUGCUACGGAGAAGAGUAGCGAGAUGUACGAGAAGAAUUCGGAUUGGGUGGAUGAUUCCGCAAAAGUGCUAUCAGUCGAGUUCGUCAGGAAAUAUAUCCAUCUUGCUCGAUCGAUGAAGCCAAAACUCACCGAACAAGCUACGGAAUUCAUUUCAGAGGUUUACGCGGAAAUCAGGUCAUUCGACACAUCGAAGACGGAUAGAGAAAGGGUAAGCUCCUGUGAAAAAGCGUUAGUU